AUGGACGUCAUCUCCGAGAUCCUUUCUCGGACGCCGGUGAAGUCCGCGUGCCGAUUCCGGUGCGUGUCCAAGGCGUGGCACGCGCUUAUCUCCGACCCGGCGUUCCUCGCCACCCAUAGGGAGCCGUCGCACCUCAUCGUCGCCAACUCCACUAGCGAUGCUGCUUAUGGAUCCAUAGACUGGUGCUGCCGCGACCUGCGGCUAAUGGAUCUGAACGGCAACAUCGUAAGGGUGAUGAAGCGUGCCGGUACCUUUCUGAUGACGGGCUCCGGCGCCGUCGAUGGCCCUACCUGCAUCACCACCAAUGGUUCUGUCACUGUCGAGGAACAGCCAUCCUCCGUCGUAGGCUCCGAAGAAGCGAGAACUGCUGAAGUCGAGGGCCACGCGGAGGCGAUGUGUCUCGGAGUGGACGGCGCAAUACAGCUCCGCGUCGGCUCGGCGGGGCAUCCACGGAUGAUGCGGAGCGAGGGUAAUCGGGCGACCACGGGGAAGGAGGAGCCACGGGAGGAGCCGCUGGCGCUGGCUCAGCCUGUCCACCACGCAGGUAAGGUGCCCAGCUAUCUCCGACAGAAUAUCGGGAUCCAAGUCUCCCCACCGUGGGUUGUUCGGACGAGCCAUGGAGGUCCGGUUUGGGGAGGAGAGGAGCUCCCCACCGACCUGCUCAUCGAGAUCGCCAGCCGCCUCCCGUGCCCCGUCGACCGCCUCUACAUGUCCAAGCUGGUGUGCCACGACUGGCGCAGGGCUGUCCCACCGCCGCAACGCCGGCGGAAGCUCCCCUGGCUCCUGAUGCCGUACCGCCGCACCAAGUUCCUCCCUCCGCAUCGGCCGGACCAGAAGCGGAGGGCCGAGUUCCACUGCGUGCUCGCCAACGGCGGCCUCCACCUCCACCGCCUCCGCAUCGGGCGCGACACCGGCGGCGCGCGCUUCAUCGGCUCCUACGACGGCGGCUGGCUCUUCCUCGCCCACCGCCCGAGCAGAGGCCACGCGCUCCUCAACCUCCACACCGACCGGCGCAUCCCUCUCUCGGACUACGCCUGGUGGUCCGGAGCCGGUUUAAAAGGCACUCCCGAUCCCAGCCCCAAUCUCCGGCCCAUGCUCAUCCUCGCCGCCACGCUCUCUUCCCCGCCGCUGGCGCCGAACGUGCCGUGCAUAGCUGCGGCCAUCGCCGACGGUCUCGGGGCCGACGGCACAACUGAUUAUCCCUGCCUCAGCGUGUGGCGUGCACCACUAAUCGCGUUCUGGCUGGUGGAGGAGGGAACCGAAGCCGAAGCCGAUCGUCGUCGUCGUCAUCGCCGUCAGGAGGUGAGACCUGCGACGGGCUUCAACCUGUAUUCCCGAGCAAAGCCACACAUGGACGUCGUGGAUGUCAUACAUUACCGUGGGAUCUUCCAUUUCCUCACCAACAAGCAUGAUCUCAUCGGCGUGCUUGAAGACGACGCGGUGGAGUCCCUGAGGACGCGUGAGCUACGCUUCAUGCACAUCCCCUUCCGGCCGGGCAACCUCGCGGACGGCGAGCACGUCGACGGCCGCUACCUCGUCGAGUCCCGCGGCGAGCUCCUCAUGGUCAUCAGGACCAUUGUUAGCCAUGCCCUCAUCGCCGACGCGGAUGAGGUGCCAUGGACGUGUUUCAGGGUCUUCCAGCAGACGCACCGCCACCUACCCGGCGGCGUGAUCGAGAUGACCUGGACCCGUCUGCCCACGCUGGGCGGGCGGAUGCUGUUCGUCGCGCGGGGAUGUUCCAGGUCCUACGACACGGCUGAUUUCCCCGGUUACCAAGACGGCGUCUACUUCUUGGAUGAGAAGGGCUCCAGAAGCGCCGAGGCGAUGUGGUCCCCGCCGCUAGAACCCUGGGGGCGGUGUUACAGCUGCAACGACAACGGGAGGUGGGUGCCGCCUAUCGACGACGACGUCCGCCGCUGGUUCCCGCACCGAGCUCCGUCCAACUACUCGUGCCCCGUUUGGUUUCUCCCCUGAGAUCGACCACCAGCAGGCAGGUCUGCUUCGGUUCUUCUUUUUCUGUUGAUUUCUCAUGGAUGGUGUUGUUUGUGUACUGCUACCCGUACAUUACAUUCUGUUAACUGUCAGUCUUGUUGAUGUGUGUAAUUUGAUCUUCAGUGGAGUACUUAA